AAAUUUUGAAAAAUUAUUAUUUAACAACAAAAACAACAAACGAUAAAAUGUGUUUUAUUAUUAUUAUUUAAAAGUGUGUUACGAAAAUUGUUGUUAGUUUUAAAAUUAAAUUAAAUUCUGCAAAAACAAACAGUUAUUUGGUCUGGCCCUCUCUAGAAGCGCCACCAGCCCUAGAUAGUAGUAUUUUACUAACAGUUGCCAAUUUCUAUUCCAACAAAGAACGUUUGUUGACACACUCUCGUUGUCUGUCUGUCUAUAGUAUUUUUUCUUCGUUUUGUUUUGAUUUUUAACGUUUACGCGUUUUUAGUUUAAAAUACGAAAAAAACAAAAAUUAAACAGAAUAAAAAGUAACAACAAAAAACAUGCUAAAAACAUUGUGUUUUUUGUAUUUAUUGUUUGCAAACAAACAAUAAAAUAUUAAACAAAAAUAAAAAAAAUUGAAAAAAAACUGAAACAAAAAAAUUAUGCAAAAAAAAUGACGCAUCUAAAACAGUUGAAAUUGAAAUGUUUAGUUGGAUUUAUAAGACCGUAAAAAUCAAUUGUGUUUUGUACCAAUUAUAGUGACAACAUUUAUUUAUAAAAAAAAAUAAUUUAAAUAUAGUAAAUAAUUAUUAUCCAAAGAGCUGUUAUAAACAUACACAUUACAUUAUUAUGCAAAUUUUGUAUGUAAAAUCUCAACGUUUGUUAUGGAAUAAUUAAAUAUUGUCGGUUUGGUUCGUUUAUUUAUUACUCUUGCCAAAAUUUUUCCUUCUUAAGUGUAUUUUUCCAUUAAUAAUAUUUUAAAUGUUAAAUUUAUAUUAGCAGUGUCUUCUAUAAUGAACGUAUUUUCUACAAAAGCCAUCAACAGUUGAAAAUAUUCGAGUUGAAAUCUACACUUGGUUUACAUGAAAGCAUCCUGUAAAGAUCAUCGUCAUCAUCAACGUUAGACAAAUACAGACAGCGACUUUGUCAGUUAAGUCUAAAUUUGUUCAAGGCUAUUAAAGAAAGCCGGGAAAGAAGGACAAGAAGGACCAGUCUCUAAAUUUCUCCCUUAAACACCCUUUAUACAAAAAACUAUGCUCAAUUUUUUUUAAAUUCUAAAAAAAUAUCCGAACGUCUUUAAAAGACUCUAAAAAGAGAAAAGAAAAAUAUAGGGAAUUUUAUUAAAGAGAAAGAAAAAGAGAUAAGAGUCUAAAGACUUAAAAACAAAGUGAAGAAAACGACUCAAGUCGUAAGGAAAUUAUUCUACAAAUCAGGAUUCUAAAACGAGAAAAGCAAAAAAGGAAUCUAGUACAAUAAACAACAAAACUUAUACAAAUCUUUGCUGAAAAAUAUUGUGUUCAAUUAGAAAAAAUAUAACUAAAUAGAAAACCAAAAUCAAUAAAUUAAAUAAAAUUUAUAUUAAAAAAAAAAAACAACUCCCUUUGGAAAACAAACCUCGUUUUUGCAAAAAAAAAAAAAAGAACCCACCUUUUAUAACGCCCCCUCCCUAUCACGUCCAAAGCCGUUUAAACUGCAAUUAAUUCAAAAAUGAUUUCUAAAUCAAAUAACAAUACUAGUAUUAGUAGUCAAAAACAAAAUGGCAGCAUUUAUCAACCCCUCACCACGCCGCUCAGCGAUAGUAAAACAGAACUUUCGCCAGCGGUCGUGGCUUCGGUUAAAACCACACCCCUUAAUAAAUCCAUCAAACAUGAUCUGUUUCCGGAAGUAACAUUUUGUAAUCUAUCUUCCGAAGAUUUGCAAGAGCAUGAAGAGAACGCACGCAUGCUUAAGAACAGCAUUAUCACCAUAAAUGCAGCCGACAAUACAGCCAUGACUUCGCUAGCCAAUGGCACCGGCAAUGGUAAUGGCAAUGCAAAGAAGAGAACACGUUUGAUAUCGAAUGAUUCGGGCGACUCAAUAGACUCGGGCUCAACGGAGAAAAAGAAACCGGAAAUGCCGGAUGGCGGUUAUGGUUGGGUAGUAGUAUUUGCCUCUUUGGUUGUCUCCCUCAUAGCAGAUGGUCUGUCAUUUUCAUUUGGUCUGAUUAACACCGAAUUGCUGGACUAUUUUGGUGAGAGCCCUUCGAAGACCGCUUGGAUUUCAUCACUAUUUUUCUCAGUGCCUUUACUAAUGGGUCCUAUUUGGUCGAAUCUGGUGGAUAAGUAUGGCUGCCGCAAAAUGACCAUAAUAGGUGGUGUAGUAUCAGCCAUUGGCUUUGGCUUAUCCUCGGUGGUUAAUUCCGUGGAAAUGUUAAUGGUUACCUUUGGCAUAAUUUCGGGUUUGGGCCUGGGUAUAGGCUAUGUCACUGCCGUUGUAUCCAUAGCUUUUUGGUUUGACAAGAAAAGAACUUUUGCCACCGGCAUAGGUGCUUCUGGAACAGGUAUAGGUACCUUUUUAUAUGCCCCCCUAACACAAUGGCUGAUCGAUACGUAUGGCUGGAGAGGUGCUACUUUAAUCUUGGCCGGUACCAUGCUAAAUGCCUGUGUUUGUGGUGCUUUAAUGCGUGAUCCCGAUUGGUUGAUUGAAGAAAAUCGUUUGGAAAGUAGAUCACAAAGUGUUACUACAUUUUCGAAUUCGAGUGUAUGCUUGGAGGAAAUCAAGAAACUGUUGGAUACGGGAGCCACUAAGGAAUAUGUGUUGGAUACUUUGGUAACGAAAAACAAUACCGAAGCUAACCAGCAAAUAGAAGAUCUUAAUGAAACCCACAUGAAAAGAUAUCGCAGUGAACUGUUUCUGCCGACAUUUUUGAGUUCUCAAGAAUUAGAGGAACUUUACGAAGUUAAGAGUACGAGUAGAAGAUCUUUAAGACUGAAAGAAGGUGUUGAAGCACCCUCAAGAGAAAACUUACUAUCAAUGUCCUCGGCCGGUAAUCCGUAUGCAACAGCUGCCAUUAUCGGUUCACCCGAUGACACCAUGAUGGGUGGCAUACCCAGCGAGGUGGCCGAAACAGCCAAGAAAAACUUUUUAGCCUCCAUAGAGACUUUAUCGCCUUCUGAGAAACGUUCAUCGGGCAAUCGUACGCCCUUGAAUACCUCCCUUAUCUCACUGCGCUCCUCCACCGAUGAGGGUUAUUUAACACAAAAAUAUACCCGCGAACACAAUAAUCAUACAGACAAUUGUGCCAACUCACGUUACUCGCUCAACGAGAACAUAUUUUUUGCGGCCAAAAAGGACUUAAGGCCCAAUGGUCAUCGUCACAAUUCCGUUGAUGUUCUCAAUCCCGUAGUUCACUCGUAUUUUACCGCCAUUAAGGAUAAUGGUUUAGCUUUAAUAGAAUCCAAUCUUAAGAAACACAAUGAAAUUGUCAACAGUACUAGUGCGAGUAGAAAUGGUGGUCCGGCUGUCAUAACGAUACCCGAAGAUGAACCCUUAACGGGUCAACAGACAAAGGCGCCUAUAAAGAGAACCCGUAUCGAUAGCAUAACAGGCAUGAGAAGACUUUCGAAAUCGAAAAAGCCCAGUUAUCGUUCAAAUCUAAGGCGCAACAUAUCGAUACGCAAUUCAAAUUUCCUUAAGGAUAUGAGAAUACAUCGUAAUUCUAUGCAUUAUCGUGGUGCUAUGUUGAGUACACAUCGUUAUCGUUUGAGAGCUUCAUCGUGUCCUAAUAUCUAUAGGAAUUCAAUGACGACAAUUGCUAAGGAAGAUGAAGAUACUUGGUAUGACAAUCUCAUCGAUACAAUGAAAUCUGUUUUUGAUUUCUCCUUAUUUAAGGAUGUUAAAUUUACUUUAUUUAAUUUAUCAACAUUAUUCUUAUUUAUAUGGUUCAUAAUUCCAUAUCUGUAUUUACCCGAAUAUCUAAAAAUGCAUGAUUACGAUACUUCGGCUAGUGCUCAAUUGAUUUCGGCUAUUGGUAUUGCUCAAACUAUUGGCAUGAUUGGUUUGGGUUAUUUGGGUGAUCGUUCAUGGAUGAAUGUAAAUGUUUGCUAUUCAGGAUGUAUGUUAAUUUGUGGCCUUUCGGUAGUGUUAAUGCCAUUGCUGGUAUCCAGCUAUAAUGGUCUUUUAGCUUUGUGUAUAAUAUUUGGUUUCACCUUUGCCAGUUCAUUUUCAUUUACACCAAGUAUCUUGGUUAGUAUAGUGGACUUGGAUGAUUUCACCUGUGCCUAUGGUCUGGUACUAUUAGUGCAAGGUGUCGGUAUGAUAGCCGGUCCUCCCAUAGCUGGUGCUAUAUAUGAAGCUACGUUAAGAUGGGAUAAUGCUUUUUAUUUUGCUGGUGCUUUCAUCUGUUUAUCAGGUAUUGCUGCCUAUCUGAUAGAAUUCUGUGAGAAGAAACCUAAAGAAAGUGAUAGUGAUGUUUCCGUAAUUAAAAAAGUACAUUAAGUUUCUAAAUAAUAGAAGUUAUGUAGCAAAACAAAAAAUACACUAAAUUAUCUAAUUAAAACAAAAACAAAAAACAAACAAAAACAAAUCAUUAUAGUAAAUAGUUAAACUAAAUUAAAAAACAAAU